AUGUCCAACCAGAAGUACUCCUCCGAUGACCAGCUCCCGGAGCAGCACGAUGUCGCAGGGCGCCCCUCUCUCGCCUCGCGCUCCACGUCCGACUCUGGGCGGCGCGCCUCCCAACAGCAUGUGCGAUUUUCUACAGACCUCGACCGAGCCCCUGUCGAAGAACGACAGGCGGGCUGGGACCGACGCCCCAGCUCGCGUGGCUUGACCAUCGAUACGGCGCUGGCGCCUUCGACGCUUCAAUCGCCUGCUAACUCGCCUACCUCCCCUCUUUCGCCCAAUACUGCCCCCGGGGCAACGCUCUCUCCCCUCUCUCCGACCUCCCCCACGAGCCCUGAAUCUGGGCGAUCACGUUCGCGAAACCGUGGUUACUCCCUCCGCCGAUCGAUCUUCAAUAGGAACAUACAGACAACCGAACCAGAUAUUUUAGAUGCAGAGCUGGGUGAAGCUAAGGGACCGAGCCCUGUGCUUGAAGAUGGCCCAGCACCGGCUCCCAUUGAGCCUGCCGUUAUCAACGAGAAGAACGAAUUGACCGUGACCUCGACUGCGACCGCCGAAUCUCUCAAAGAAACUUCGACGUACCCUUCGACUGAUUCUCCAGAGCGCGCUUUCAAAGACUACUAUGUAUCUGCACAGGACAAAUGGGUGAAGAAGAAGGCUGCCACAGCGGCGAUCUGCAACCGAGUUGAGGCUGUCAUGACCUCUAUGCAGAAGUUUAUCUUGCGCAUCAAGGAUAUCCCACCUACCCAGGACGGACGCCACAUCGAUUUGAACCCGUCAUUAGUGGAGACAUUGCUCGACGAGCGAACCGGCAAGGCCUAUAUCGCGAAUUGGAUCCGUUCGAGUCGCUACAGUUUCUGGAGUUUUUUCCCCCGGCAGCUAUUUAACCAGUUCACCAAAAUGGCCAACUUCUAUUUUUUGAUUGUGGCGAUUCUGCAAAUGGUACCCGGUCUGAGUACCACUGGAACCUACACAACCAUUGUUCCACUUUUGAUUUUCGUCGGUAUCUCGAUGGGUAAGGAAGGAUUUGAUGACUGGCGCCGCUAUCGUCUGGACAAGGAAGAGAAUAACCGAUUUGCCUGCGUGCUUCGGUCUGGCGAGGACGGUAGGCAAGACUGGGUUGAGAUCAAGUGGCAGGAUAUCCGAGUUGGAGAUGUCAUCAAACUCGGACGAGACGAGCCAGUUCCGGCUGAUUUCGCCUUGCUGCAUGCAAAUGGGCCCAAUGGCGUGGCCUAUAUCGAGACCAUGGCCCUGGAUGGAGAGACCAACCUGAAGAACAAGCAGCCGUGUCCGCCAGUUUCGAAGGCUUGCUCUACAGUCGAGGAUAUCACCAGUAACUCGCUUGAAUUUGUUGUGGAGGACCCGAACCUGGAUCUCUACAAGUUUGACGGCCAUGUUACUGUCAACGCCCAGGAGAAGCUGCCCUUGACCAACAACGAAAUCGUUUACCGAGGAAGUAUUCUGCGCAACACCGACGAAGCGAUCGGCAUGGUGAUUUACACUGGCGAAGAAUGCAAGAUCCGCAUGAACGCCAACAAGAACCCACGUAUCAAAAAGCCCACUCUGCAAUCGAAGGUUAACCAUGUUGUCAUGCUGAUCGUGGCUCUCGUGGUUAUCCUGGCUGUUGUCUGCACAAUCUGCUACAAGUACUGGGAGGAAAAUGUGGGAAGCCACUCUUGGUACUUGACAGACGCGAGCGUUAGUUACGGCCCAGUCUUUACCUCGUUCCUCAUCAUGUUCAAUACCAUGAUCCCCAUCUCGCUCUAUGUGAGUAUGGAAAUUGUCAAGGUUGUUCAGAUGUUCCUGCUCAACGAUAUCGACAUGUACGACCCCGAAACCAAUACUCCUCUCGAGGCCCGCACAUCCACAAUCAACGAAGAGCUGGGCCAAAUUAGCUACAUAUUCUCCGACAAGACUGGAACCUUAACAAACAACUCGAUGCGUUUCCGGAAAAUGAGCGUUGCUGGUACAGCGUGGUUGCAUGAUCUGGAUCUUCAGGAAGAAGCCGCCCGUGAAGGCGACCACGCCAAGCUCAUCCACAAGAAGCGUAAUCUCAAGGGAAAGAAAGCUGUUGGCCGCAAGUCCACUGCGUCUGCGGCACGUAUGCCCUCCGGGCCCCGACCUUCCAAUAUCUCUGCCAACCUCGAGGCCACGCGCCGCCUUCGUCAUUCGCCGUACAAGACGACCGACAUGCUCGAGUACAUCCAGCGCAAGCCUUACACCGUUUUCGCGCGAAAGGCCAAGCUGUUCAUCAUGUCCAUCGCCCUCUGCCACACUUGUAUACCAGAGGAGGAUGAGAAUGGCAAUGUUUCUUUCCAAGCAGCCUCGCCCGACGAGCUGGCUCUUGUUAUGGCAGCCCAGGAACUCGGCUAUCUGGUGAUUGAUCGCCAGGUGAAGACAUUGACGAUCCGCACCUACCCCAACGGCUCCGAAGAAUCCGCUCAAGACGAAGUCUACCAAGUCAUGGACGUAAUUGAAUUCUCCAGCGCCCGGAAGCGCAUGUCAGUUGUGGUGCGCAUGCCUGAUCAGCGCAUCUGUCUCUUCUGCAAGGGCGCCGAUACCACUCUCAUGCGUCUGUUUAAGAAGGCCGAUCUGGCACAGGAGAAAGCCACCGAGAUUGAGCGCCGUGUCAGCAAGCGCAAGGCUGCUGAAGCGAAUCAGGUUAUUCGUCGCAACAGCGAGUACCACAGCCGAAAGGACAGCGGUGUUCGUAGCAGUCUGAGUCGGCCUAGCUUCAACCGUCGCCGCUCUUCUGUCUCUGGGCAUCAUGCGUCGACUCUGCGCGAAAGUAUCGAUGUCUGGCUCCGCGAUCGUGAGACGGAUGGUGGUAUACUCGACCGGAGGCCUGAUAGCGAGUAUUACAGCCCACGCCCGUCUGCACAGAUGGGGCGGAACUCGACCGCAAUCUCCGACUCUGGUAGCGAGACCAAUGGCGAGGAAGACGAGGAUCUGGUGGAAGAGGCUCUUGUUGUCAACGAGGCUGCCAUCUUCGAGCGAUGCUUCCAGCACCUGAAUGACUUCGCUACUGAAGGACUGCGUACUUUGCUCUAUGGUCACCGCUUCCUGGACGAGGCUACCUAUAAGUCUUGGAAAACUGCGUAUCACGAGGCGUCCACCAGUAUCGUCGACCGACAGGAGAAGAUCGAGCGCGUUGGCGAGGAAAUCGAGCAGCAGCUCGAACUGACGGGUGCCACUGCCAUUGAAGACAAUUUGCAGAAGGGUGUUCCCGAAGCUAUUGAAAAGCUGCGUCGUGCCAAUAUCAAGUUGUGGAUGUUGACUGGUGACAAACGUGAGACUGCUAUCAAUGUUGGGCAUUCUUGCCGUCUUGUGAAGGAUUACUCAACAUUGACCAUUCUGGAUCAUGAGAAUGGGGAUGUCGAGGAGACUAUUGUCCAGUUGACUUCUGAUCUAACUUGCAACCGCGUGGCUCAUUCUGUUGUGGUUGUUGAUGGCCAGACUUUGUCGAAGAUUGAAGCAGAUGAGAUUGUCAUGAAACGAUUCUUCCAACUCGCUAUUCGUGUGGACUCCGUCAUCUGCUGUCGAGCUAGUCCUAAGCAGAAGGCGUUCCUGGUGAAGUCUAUUCGCACGCAUGUGCAAGAUGCCGUUACUCUUGCUAUUGGUGAUGGUGCCAAUGAUAUUGCGAUGAUCCAGGAGGCGCAUGUUGGGAUUGGUAUCGCCGGCAAGGAAGGUCUUCAGGCUGCGCGUAUUUCGGAUUACUCGAUUGCGCAGUUUCGUUUCCUGCUGAAGCUGCUCCUUGUUCAUGGACGGUGGAACUACAUGCGGGCGUGCAAGUACACUCUUGGCACAUUCUGGAAGGAAAUGCUAUUCUAUCUCACUCAGGCGCUGUACCAGCGUUGGAAUGGUUAUACCGGAACCAGUUUGUACGAGUCUUGGAGUUUGAGUAUGUUCAACACUCUCUUCACCUCGCUUGCUGUCAUCUUUCUUGGUAUCUUCACCAAAGACUUGGCCGCGUCGACCUUAUUGGCUGUUCCUGAGUUGUACGCCCGAGGUCAGCGACACGGUGGAUUCAAUAUCCGCUUGUGGCUGGGCUGGACGUUCAUGGCAGCUUGUGAAGCCAUGAUCAUCUUCUUCACAAUGUACGGUCUCUACGGCAUGUGCCAGAUCAACCCAAGUGACAUCGAUACCUUCUCCCUGGGCCUCCUCACCUUUACAGCCUGUGUGGCGGUAAUCAACAUCAAGCUACAAGCCCUGGAAGUCCACAACAAGACCUACCUCUCCAUCAUCGUGAUCAUCAUCUCCGUCGGUGGCUGGUUCCUCUGGAACAUCAUCCUCUCCGAGCGCUACAAGCUAAGCUCCGGCAAAGGCGUCUACGACGUCCCAGACAACUUCCUCCACCACGCCGGCGACAAUCUCCUCUUCUGGGUGGUCCUUCUCAUAUCCAUCGCCUCCGUCCUCCUCUUCGAACUCACCAUGAGCACCCUCCGCGCCCUGUUCUUCCCGACAGACGUCGACAUUUUCCAAGAGUACGAGCAAGACCUCGACAUCCGCAAACGAUUCGAAGAAGCCGCCGCUCCAGAACUCCAGCAAGGCUGGGACCGCGGAACCAAGAAAUCCAGCUUCGAAAUCGCGCGCGAAAACGCCGAAAUGGAUGUCCGCGAACGCCAGGUCCAAGAACUCCUCUCUCGCCCCCGCGUCAUGACUGAGUCCAAACCCGUCACCCACGAAAUUGAAAUGGAAGGCUACUCCAGCGUCAGUGCCAGCGCUAGUAACGCCGGCAGUGCGCCGGAGCCAGCCCCCAUCACGGACGCGGAACCAAGGUCUCCGGGUGACUCGUGUGCACCGAGGCGCUCGAUUGAGAUCCAUGAAUUGUUCAGUAAGGGCUUUGGGGCUAUUCACAAGGGCCAUCUGAAAUGA